AUGUCGUUUUGGGGCUGCAUCGUGCCUCCAGGGCAGUCCAAGAAGGUGGAGACCAGGGCUGGAGAACUUCUGCACUUGUCGCAGGCGUGUUUGGCGCCUGACACCCCGAACGGAGCAUCCUCCAAAGUGCUUGUGGAGCAGGGCGGAAGUUUGGAUCUUUGCAGCAACUUCCUGUCAGCAGUUUGUGCUCAAAGCAUAAGUUUUGGUGCGGUCUCCCACCGUGCUGCAGUGGUGUCAACCUUCAUAGCAGCAGGGGUGGCAUCUGCUCUCGUUGGCACAUGGCUGUUUGGCUGUAGGUGCUUUCUGAACACCUCCAAGAAACCCUCCUACCUGGUGGACACCUUAGAGCUGCCCUGUGGGGGCCAGAUCCUCAUGUCCAAUGCGCCAGGGAAGUAUCGGACGGUGGAGGAGGAUUUGUCCAAAGUGAAGGCCCUAAAGGCCAGCUCAGUGGUAACGCUGCUCUCAUCGGAGGAAAUGGAGAUUUUGGGGAUGACUCACAUGGGCCCGGCUGUGGAGGCCAAGGGAAUGAGCUGGCACCAUUUGGAUCUCCGGGACAAGUGGAUUCCUUGGGAUUCCGAAGCGUAUCUGCAUGAUUUGGUGCUGCCCUUGGUUCACCGCCUGCAGUCUGGCCAACGAGUUUUGGUACACUGCAGUGGUGGCAAGGGACGCACCCUGGCACUUCAAGAGCAGGAACUGCUUGCUGCAGAUUUGAUGCUGACCCCCGAACAGACGGGUGACUCACUGCAAGACUCAAUGAGAAGAGGAGUCGCCGAAGCAAUCCGAAGCAAGAUUGCUUGGUGGAUCUACGCACUUGCCGGACUAGGUCAGUCCUAUGCCGUGGCCUGCCUGAAGGAAGGUUCCCAGGAGUUCUGCGCGCUGGACCUCUUUCUGGACGCCAAGGAAGCCAAGUUGGCCGUGAAGGGCAAGGCCACAGUCCACUUGACUGGAUACUUCGAGGCUGAUGACGAUGAUCUGAAGGAGGAUGAUGCGCCACCACCUCGUGCCUCGCCGAAGGCAGCCCCCAAGGCCUCGCCCAAGGCCUCCCCCAAGGCGGAGGCGAAGGCUUCCCCAAAGGCCUCGCCAAAGCCUGCAGCCAAAGCUGCCGCCAUGCCAGAGGAGGAUGACGAUGAUGAUAUGAUGGAAGACGAAGAAGGAGAGGAGGAGGAGCCGAAAGCAAGCGAUGAGGUUGUGAAGACCAAGGCGGCAUCCCCAAAGGUAGAGCCAAAGAAGGCAUCUCCAAAGGCACAACCCAAGGCAACAGCAGCAGCAGAAGACGAUGACGAUGACCAAGAAGAAGAGGAAGAGGAAGAAGACGAGGAGGAGGAUGCCGUGGUUGACCCCAUGACCAAGGGUAAAGCGCAAGCUAAGGCAGCUCCUGUUGCUGACGACGAUGAUGACGAUGAAGAAGAAGAAGAGGAAGAGGAGGAUGAUGACGAUGCUGUGGAUGAGCCACCCGCAAAGAAGUUCAAGGGAGAGAAAGGUGGCAAAGGAAAGGGAAAAGAUUUCAAAGGCAAAGGAAAGGGAAAAGAUGGCAAAGGAAAGGGCAAAGACAAAGGAAAGGGUGGCGGCAACGGAAAGGGCAAGAAGGGAAAGGGGAAGGGCAAAGGCAAGAGAUAG